AUGCCCCAAUUAAUCUCGCCCCUGGCUCUCCGGGCCCUCCGGACCCUUGUCCACCGUCCUGCCACAACACCAACCCCUCUCCGCACCCUCACAACCUCCACAACCAGCGUCUUCUCCCGCCGCGCAACUGCAGCCGCAACCCCGGUGACCAGCCGCGUCGCCUUCACACCCGUCUUCCGCUCCCAGUCCGCCCUCACCCUCUUCACUCGCAAAUUCUCUAGCUCCCCCAUCAUCCGCGCAACCUACAACCAAGUGCGGCGCGGGUGCCGCAGUGGGCAGCGCGCGCGCCGCGGCCGCUCCCCAGCGCUGAAGGACCACCCCUCGCUGAAGGGCGUGUGCGUGAAGACGGGUAUUACGAAACCCAAGAAGCCCAAUUCCGGUGAGCGGAAGGUAGCAAGAGUGCGGUUGAGUUCGGGCAAGGUUGUCAGUGCAAUUAUCCCCGGCGAGGGCCAUAAUAUCCAGCAGCACAGUGUUGUGCAGGUUCGCGGCGGCAGAGCCCAGGAUUGUCCUGGUGUGAAGUACCACUUGGUUCGUGGUGCCAUGGAUUUGGGUGGUGUUGGAAGCCGUGUGAGCAGCCGAUCGAAGUACGGUACUAAGAAGCCUAAGAGCAACUAA